UCAAUUUCAGAACAUAAUGUAUCAUUAUGGCUACUGUUGGUAGUUUCAAAAAAGUAUAGUGAUAUUUGAUUAUCUAUCUUUAUUGUUACUUUGUUAGUGGUUUUGUAACGUAACGUUAUACAAGAAUUUUGUUAAACUGGGAUUAAAUGUGAAUGUUUUGUACACUUUAGUUUUUUAAAAAUGAAUUGAGAUAGUUAGUGUUUUGGAGUAUUUAAAAAAAAUCUAAUGUCAGUUUUUAUUAGUUCUUGUACUCGUGAAUACACAUCAGUACUGUGUAACAUGUCCAUAAACAGUUCGUGUUGGUGUUACUCGAUGCAAUUUUGAUACAUUAUAGCAAGAAUUAUAAUAUUUUAUUAUAAAAUUUUACAAUUUACUCUAACUUUCCAUCCCGAUUCAACGAGGUUUAGAUCAGUGAGAUGGAGAUGGCGACCAUACGAGAUGUUAUAAAGUUAAUCUCUAAAAGAAUCUUACACUAAGGAGACUUCUUUAAAGAGUACACUCCUAUUGGUACCCUAGACGUAUUCUAUAAUUUCAGUAAAUAGGGUGUUAAAGCUGGUACCAACGUUACUAUGGGUCGUUACACAGGAAAGAAAUGUCGUUUAUUAACGAUGUUAUGGCUCACCGGUCUAUUUUUCCUAGUCGAAAUAGUUGUGGGCUACCUAACAAACUGUAUGGCUUUGAUAGCUGACAGUUUUCAUAUGUUGUCUGAUGUAGCAGCUUUGGUCGUUGCAUUUCUUUCCGUCAAGAUGUCACCAAAGAAAUGGUCCAAAAACACAUUUGGUUGGGCCAGAGCUGAAGUUUUAGGAGCUUUAGUCAACGCCGUUUUUUUAGUCGCAUUGUGUUUCAGUAUUACCGUGGAGGCGUGUAAAAGAUUUAUCGAAGUAGAAGAAAUACAUGAAGCGAAAUUGCUUGUAGGGGUUGGAGCACUUGGAUUAUUAGUGAAUAUUAUUGGAUUAUGUCUCUUUCAUGAACAUAGGAGUUCUCAUGCACAUUCGCAUGGCAUAUCUCGAAGUCACAACCGAUUGAGUACUCUAGUAGGAACGGAUGACAAUGAAAAUGAUGAUAGUUAUAGGCCAUCGACGCCACAAGUCAAAAGGACACACGGCCAUGUACACGAUGCGAGUCAAAUGAAUAUGCGCGGUGUGUUUCUUCAUGUACUCUCGGAUGCACUAGGAUCUGUGAUUGUGAUAGUCUCUGCUUUAAUUGUUUGGCUGACAGAAUGGAAAUAUAGAUUUUACAUUGAUCCAGCUCUCUCGCUCUUAAUAGUUAUUCUUAUUUUACAAUCGGUAUGGCCAUUACUCCAAGAAUCUGCACUGAUUUUAUUGCAGACUGUACCGACACAUAUUCAGGUGGAUGCCAUUCAGCAACGUUUACUAGAAAACGUAGACGGUGUUUUGGCUGUACAUGAAUUCCAUGUGUGGCAGUUAGCUGGUGAUCGUAUUAUCGCUUCAGCGCAUAUAAAAUGCAGAAAUUUGUCAGAAUAUAUGAAAAUAGCUGAGCAAGUGAAAGAAUUUUUUCAUAACGAGGGCAUACAUUCUACGACAAUUCAACCUGAAUUUAUUGAUUACCACUCUAACAGCGAGGUCAAGGAAACACCGACCGAAGAUUGUGUACUAGAUUGUCCAAAGACUGACAAGCCUUGUAAUCAUGCAACAUGCUGUGGUCCUUCUAAACAGGGUCGUGAAACUCCAUCACCUGGAGAAACACCAUACAUGUGCAGACAACGAAACAGUCUUGCACGUUCCACUGGUUCAAUAGGAGGAACCGAACAGCAGGAAGUAAAUGAGAUGGAACGCGGACAUUUGUUAUCACUGCCCGCUUCACAUCACUCCGUCCAACUUCCACAUUCACAUGUUAAUACACCGGUUGUCUAAGUUAUCGUCAUAUUCUCGAAUAUCUACCUCUGUAACACAAUCUGCGGCGCGUUACAAUGUUAUUAUAAAAAUUCAAUAAAGUAAUAUACAUACUAUGUUUUAUGGCUAUUAAAGUCAACAGUAAAUUUUCAUUGCUUUUUAUUAUCUAUGUAUGUAACUAUUAUCUUAAGUUUUAUAAAGUUUGAUAUAAUAAGUUUGAUGUGUGGUAUUUGUACAAUUACUGAUGGAUUAGAAACAAAAAUAAAUAAUGUUGGCCGUAAUUCUACGAGCCUGUUCUAGUCACCAUAUAAAAUUCUACUAGAUUAACGAAAGAUAAAUAAAUUAUUCGAAGACUA